GGGGCGCGCGCCCGAGGAGGGAGUUGCGGGACUGUGGGGAGGGGCUGCGUUCUGCCCCCGUUCUCCCGCUUCCCAAAAGAAAGAUUCUAACCCUCUGCAGACCCAAUACCACUCCUGGACUAUCACUGUCAUUCUGAGAUAAAGGGCGACCACCAUGCAUGGCCCCAUCCUCAGUGAUUCCUGGCCCAGGUCGGUUGUCAUGGUAACCCCAACCCCAGCCUAGAACACCACACUUUUGUGGUUAUGGAGUCUCAAACCUCUUUUGUCCCUGCACCAGGACGAGGUUGCAAAGAUGACCUAAAUCCCUGGUGGCCCUCUGCCCAUACCCUCAUUGGUUACUAUGGCAACCUCACCUAGCACUCAGGUAGAAAGGACCCAGCCCCAAGGACACUGAUUACUAAGGGAAGCACCUCUUUACCAUCCCAUCCUCCUAGCCACUCAGUUGGCAUUACCAUGGUAACCAUCUCCCCUCCUUUCCCAUGGUGGGAGAUCCAUGGACCAAACCAACCAGGUAUUUUUAUUUAGAGGAGAAGGUGCUCUGCUGAGGAGUAGUUACUAUGGUUACAGGGCCCGAUCAUCCCUAGGGAGGUGAAACACAGGCAAGGCCAAGCCCUGGUUACUAUGGUAACAGCGGCAGUCUCCCUUCCAGUGACCCUAGGACCCAGACCCACCAAGGUAGGAGACGUUUUAGGAUUGUCUCUCAGGAUGCAGUGGGUCUAGGGAAGCAGUUGUCAUGGUAGCAGCUUCUGUCACUUCUAGCUCUACCUUUCUGGACACAAUCAGGAGAGAGGGAUAGUUAUAGGUUGCUAUGUAGUGUCUGAACUUAUAGGACUGCAAGCGAAAUGAUUCCCUGGCCUCAUUGCUACUUUUGUGGAUACGAUGAAAUUGUGCUCUACAAAAUUGGCUGAUUUGGUGUUUUCUGGUUUUCCUUCCUCAGCAGUGCAGCUGAGCAGGGCUGAAACUGCCCUCUUGGAGCUCCCCCAGCCUGCAAUGUAGGAGGAUGUCCCGGAGGCCCAGCUAGGGCCUGACUUCGGCCCCAUGCGGCUCACCCGCUGCCAGGCUGCCCUGGCAGCCGCCAUUACUGUCAACCUUCUGGUCCUCUUCUAUGUCUCAUGGCUACAGCAACAGCCCAGGAACUCCCGGGCCCGAGGUCCCCGCCGUGGGACUGCUGCUGGCCCCCACGUUACGGUCCUGGUGCGGGAGUUCGAGGCCUUUGACAACGCGGUGCCCGAGCUGGUGGACUCUUUCCUGCAGCAGGACCCAGCCCAGCCAGUGGUGGUGGCAGCCGACGUGCUCCCCUACCCGCCCCUGGCACUGCCCCACAUCGCCAAUGUUCACCUGGCGGUGCUUCAGCCCUCCCUGGACCAGCCCGCUGCGGCCUCGCGCCCCGAGACCUACGUGACCACUGAGUACGUGGCCCUGGUGCCCGACGGGGCGAGGGCCGAGACUCCGGGCCAGCUGGAGCGCAUGGUGGAGGUGCUCCGGGUGGGAGGUGCACGCCUGGUGGCCGCCCGGGUUGCCUCAGUCAACCCUGCCCGGUGUCUGGCCCUGAAUGUCAGCCUGCGGGAGUGGACAGCACGCUACGGCCCAGCCCCCUCCGCGCCCCGCUGCGAGGCCUUGGAAGGGGACGCCGUGGUGCUCCUGCGCACCAGAGACCUCUUCAACCUCUCGGCGCCCCUGGCCCGGCCCGUGGGCACCAGCCUCUUCCUGCAAACGGCCCUGCGUGGCUGGGCGGUGCAGCUGCUGGACCUGACCUUCCCCGCGGCGCACCAGCCCCCACUGACCACUGCCCACGCACGCUGGAAGGCGGAGCGCGAGGGGCGCGCACGGCGGGCUGCGCUGCUGCGGGCGCUGGGCAUCCGCUUGGUGAGCUGGGAGGGCGGGCGCCUCGAAUGGUUCGGUUGCAGCAAAGAGACACCUCGCUGCUUCGGGACCGUGGUGGGUGACACACCGUCCUACCUGUAUGAGGGGCGCUGGACGCCCCCGUGCUGCCUGCGCGCACUGCGGGAGACCGCCCGCUAUGUGGUGGGCGUGCUGGAAGCCGCGGGCGUGCGCUACUGGCUGGAGGGCGGCUCGCUGCUGGGGGCGGCCCGCCACGGGGACAUAAUCCCAUGGGACUACGACGUGGACCUGGGCAUCUACCUGGAGGACGUGGGCAAUUGCGAACAGCUGCGGGGGGCCGAGGCUGGCUCGGUGGUGGACGAGCGUGGCUUUGUGUGGGAGAAAGCCAUAGAGGGCGACUUCUUCCGAGUGCAGUACAGCGAGAGCAACCACCUGCAUGUGGACCUGUGGCCCUUCUACCCCCGCAACGGGGUCAUGACCAAGGACACAUGGCUGGACCACCGGCAGGAUGUUGAGUUCCCCGAACACUUUCUGCAGCCCCUCGUGCCCCUGCCCUUUGCCGGCUUCAUGGCACAGGCGCCUAACAACUAUCGCCGCUUUCUGGAGCUCAAGUUCGGCCCCGGGGUGAUCGAGAACCCCGAGUACCCCAACCCGGCCCUCCUGAGUUUGGCAGGAAGCGGCUGAAGCCACGACUCCCGUGCCCGGGGUCAGGGGAACCGUCCUUUGUCCUUUGUUUUAAUGUCACUGGCAUUUGGUAGACUGGCUGGGGAUACCAAGCUGCCCUGCAGGGCCCAGCAUAGUUCAGAACAUCAAAGUCGUGCCCUGGGCUCCACGGCUGAGACAGAGUUUUGGAAAGAGAGGAAAAAAGAGUGCAGUUUCUGAGACCAGACUGCCACUAGUUAAGUGGCCCCGGGUGAGUGUCCCAAUAUCUCUGUUCCUCAGUUCCCUCCAGGAUUCAGUGAAUGCCCUGGUAUCUAGCACAUAAACAGCCCCCAGGACACUUGGCUGCUGAGGUUGCUUCUACCACUGGAGGGCGCCUUUGUCCUACUAUGGGGCCAAAGGGAUAGCAAACCCAGCACUUUCUGUUCCAUAGUUUUUAUAUCUCUUAAGCCUUUGGUCUUCUCUCUAAGCCCCUGUGCCUGGCCAGACAGGAUGACCAUCUCCCCUUCUUCGGAAUGCCACUUCCUUCCCUCCUGGGAGAGCCCUGGGGGGGUGCAUGCUGCUCUUAACCCCAUCUUGCAGAGGAGGAAACAGACUCGGAGCUCUGAAGUGCAACUGUAGUUCUGGAUCUGGGGCCCACUCCUUUUCAACUGUUACCUCAUUUUAGCUCUCUGCACCUGUUUCCCUGCUCACGAGGCAGGUAAACAAUAAUCACAGCUCACAUUUACUGAGCACUUACUGUGUACCAGGCAUUGUUCUCAGUGUUUCACACGGAUUAACUGAUUCAUCCCUGUCCUCGACCCUCUCAAGUGAGAGCUGCUAUUAGUCCCACUUUACAGAUGAGGAAACCAAGGCCAGAACAGUAAAGACAGCUUGGGAAGUGGCAGAGUGGGAGCCCACACUGAAGUGGCCCAUGGUGCCCCUCUCUAGUACUGGUACCCAUGGGCCUCUUGUCACUUAGCAGAGAAAGCAAUGGCUGCCUUCCUUUUGUGAUCAUGCACCUAAGAGUAAAUACUGUUUGGGCAUGUAACCUAAUACGUGCACUUAUCAAUUAUAUACAGGUACUACUGUCAUUCUGUAUAUUGGUAAAAAGGCUUAAAUUAUUUCAUUUUUAAAUUAAAAAAUCAAUGUAGAAGUUUUUGUUUACUUGCCUGAUCCCAACGACUUGUUCCACACACCCUCUGGGUGUGUGCACCUGGCUUUUGAAACCACAGGCUCUGAAGUGGUAGAGACCUGGGUUCAAAGCCUAGCAUUUCUGCUUCCUUCUGCUGUGACUCGCCUCUCUGAACCUCUGCUCUGCACCUGGGAAAUGGGGUAAUGAGCACGUUUGCUCCACAUGGGUGCUGUGAGGCACUUGAUUGUAAAAGGGUCAGGCGUCAGGGAUGGGUUUGGAUCGUGGUGUGGCCAACUACUUGCUUUGUGACCUUAGGCAAGUCACUGAUUGGGUGAGGGGACUGAAGAGUGAAGCCCUUAUAGGAGGCUUCACACACCAGCAAGAAAAGACAAAUACAAGUUUGGCCCAAUCUCCUGAGGCUCAGACGUCCAAAGCCUGACUUCUUAUAAUGCAGCCUCUGUUUUUAGCUUUUGAUCGCACAAAUAGCUCACAAAGAGACAGCUGGGUUCAUGGAGCAUUCUGGAAACAUGGUGAUGACUUGGGCUAUUGCUUGUGGUUGGGCAGUGCUCUUGGUUCUUAGAAGACAUGGCCUGGGGAUGGAGGAUGUCUUAUAAUAUAUGCAGGGCACCU